UCAUCUUUGUCUUACAUGUUGCUCGGAAGGAAAAGCUCACUGCCAGCAGUCGGUCUCAUUAGAAAUGGAAAGUGAUUGGCAGGAGGGGUCUGACCGGGGGGGGUGAUGGAAUGUUCCGGACAAUCGCCCUAGCAACCACAUACCUGGUUCAAGUGGGGCUAUGUUCUUUCUCAUCUUUGUAAUGAAGAGAGGAUAGGCAUGAUGGUGAAAAGAAGAGGGAUCUUUGUUUCUGGGAUCGCUCAGAGUGGAUAGCAUUACAUUAUGACCGAAUCCAAGUGAUGACACUUUUUCAAAGUGUCACUUUCCUGCCGCUACAGGAUGGGUAUCUCAUCGUCUGGGCUGCUGCAGCACUUGGAUGAAACACGGGGGAGAUUAAAUGGAAAAAAAUACUUUUUUUACUGCUGUGUAAUAUUAUUCAAUUUAAAGUCCUAUCAAGCAGUGCAUUCGCCAACCAUAAUUUAGCAUUUUAUUUAGCCUUCUUUUUUGGCUAACGCGAGGUGAGGUGCACUUUCUUCAUCGUUGAACUGGCUGUGCCGUUGUUGCGCCUCGAUAGAGGACCUGGCGCGCAGGUGUCCUGACCUGUCGGCUGGCUGGAUCACGGCGCUCCGGUAAUCUCCCGGUCGCGGACGCCGGAUCGGUACGGACACACCGCUACCGGCCGGCUCCGCGGUCGGGCUGGAGGCUUGUCUUUCCGAAUCCGCACCGUCAUUAACGGCCUUUCAUCAGCUGCAGCGGCUGUUGUGCUUAAACCAGGAAAUCUCGCCUGAAUUCACUGCGUCUCGGUUCCGUGGAUAACGCCAAGCCAUAGCUACCCGUCUCAGCCGUUGACAGAAGCGUGUGCAGGUUUGCUGACAAACGAUAGGUUAGAUACUAGACUCAGUUAAGCCACAGGACUUCCUGAAAAUAUCUGCAACGCUCAAUGGUUAGGCUUAUAUACAUUGAAUGCCUAUCACAUGACCUGGGACACUGAAAUGAAUGGUAAAGCAAAGCCAUAAAACCUGGAAAGGAAUCGCAACAUAUUAUAAAAAGCUUUCCUUCUAAAACCUCCCCCACGAGGAGAGGCGAGCCUCCUGGUGCGUAAGGUAAGAGCGCGGUGUGCGGCCUGCAGUAGCCUUCUGAUCAUGAAAGAGGUGUGAACGUUCCGGGUUGUCUGCACAUCCGACUUCCAUGCCACGGGAAAUCGCCAGAAAAACCGAGGACAUGGAGAAGAAACACCCCAUUAUUGCCGGCCGAGAGAAAGGACCAGGGCCAGGACGCUACGCUUUGCCCCCUACAGUCGGAUUCAUGGGUCACGACUUCACCAAGCCGACCGGCCCAGCAUACACCUUCCACAGCAGGAUGAGCCACCACUUGUCCGGUGUCCACGCCAACCCGGGGCCUCAGUAUUACAUCGACGCGAGAAUCACGCGCUUCGGCAAAGACGGCACCCCCGCGUACUCCAUGCUGGGCAGGGAGCGACGCUCUGUGGGGAUCUUCCAGACUCCGGGACCGGGCGCCUACAACCCAGAGACGGCGCCCCCCUUGAACAGGCAGAGAAGGCCCCCGUCCUACACCAUGGGAUUCCGAAAUCGCUACCGCCCCGUUGACGCCGUCCCGCCUCCGAACAAGUACACGCUCCCGCCCGUCAUGGGCUCCCAAGUGCCCACCAAGCCGUCCAGCGCCAGCUACACCAUGGCGGGGCGCUGCAGGUCCGGGGGUCCCGCGGAAGACCUAUCGAACACGCCGGGCCCGGGCAGGUACGACAGCACGGACCCCAGCGUCUACCUGCCCAGGCAGCCCGCCUUCUCCAUGCUCCCCCGCCACAGCGUCCCCAUCGACGGCGCUCGGAAACCGGGGCCCGGCGCGCACAACCCGGAGAAGGUCACCCUGCACAAACCCCGCCCACCCGCUUUCACUCUGGGGAUCAGGCACUCCGAGUUCGUCACCCCGCUGGUGACGGACGCGUCGCACCGAAUUUGACCUUUCACGCGUCAGUCCGUUUCUUUUCCCAAGUCUGAAUUUUCUUUCCACCAGCAAUUUAGUCAUAUUUCCACCUCCUCAUUUAUAAAGUUAAUAUGUCACUUUGUACAGUAUAUAGCACAAAGCGUGUAAAAAAGUUUCAAGUCACUUUGACCGAGGAGAUGCUCUUACAAAAAUGGGAUUUCAUUGAAUAAAGCACAGAAUGCCUUCUUGGUCAUAUAGCAUUCUGCGCCUUCAGUAUCAGUAAAGACCAGCACACAGAUAACGUAUAUCCACACAGCUAUUCAUAUGACAUGCCGAAUGGGAAUCCAAUAUCUAAAGAGGGUCAGGGGAGCAGUCAGAAGAGGAGGGUCUUCGAACCUGCAUCGGAAGGCAGCAGGUUCAAUUCCCCGGUAGGACACUGCCGUUGUACCCUUGAGCAAGGUACUCAACCUGCAUUGCUCCAGUAUAUAUCCAGCUGUAUGACUGGAUACAAUGUAAGUCGCUCUCGAUAAGAGCGUCUGCUAAAUGCCUGUAAUGUAAUGUAAUGGAAGAUUGGUAGGGUCACUAUGGAAGGCUCAGCCCACCAGCAGGGGGCGAUAACAGACUGGACACGUCAUCGGGAAAUGCUAACAAUGCAGGAAUGUCUUCAGUUAUGUCAUGACUUCAGUUUUCAACGGCUUCUGUAUGUCCUAUAAUUGUUAGGUCUGCCUUAAACUGCUAAUUGACUUUGUCGCUCAAGCAGUGACGACUGAACCGAUUGCGCACCCUGCUAGUCAUUUAAAUUGCAAUAGGUUACGAGCAAGCGUGAGAUGGGUUUUUACACUUUUUUGUGUAAAACUAAAAAUGUCCCAUUUUUAAAAUAAUAAAUUCCUUUUAAAAAAUCUAUUUCUCAUAAGUCCUUGAGGUAAAGCAAAGCCGGCUUUGUCCCAGUCAUAGCAAAUAUGUAUCCGUGCAUAGAAUGAGCAAAACAUUUAUCGCUUUCGCAGACCCAAACGAGACAUCCAAUUUUGCUUGUUACAGUAUUGUUCAUGUUGAUUGGAGUCUUUGGCAGCUCCUGGCCAUAUUUGGCGUCAUGUUUUAUGCAAUUUCAAUAGCCUAAAGACUACAGUGGACGUCCAUUGAUUGAUGGGAAUGAAAAAAAAGAAAGAAAAUUAAUUGUGUUCAAGUAAAUCUAACUUAUUUUACAGAGAAUCCGUUAAAAUAAAUAAACUAGUAACUUCGUUUUUUAUAUAUAUCAUACAACAAGUU